UUCAUCUUUCACUGGUGUUUACAUCUAGGCACAGAGAACUUUGUGAUAGUCAACAUGUCUGCCUCCAUAGUGAGAGCUACUGUGAAGGCGGUUAGCAGGCGAAAGAUUUUAUCACCAAGAGCCGCUUUGACGCUGACACCUUCGGCUGUAAACAGAAUCAAGCUGCUGUUACAGAAUAAACCCGAAUAUAUUGGGCUGAAAGUUGGUGUCCGGACCAGAGGAUGCAACGGUCUCACGUACACACUCAACUACACCAAGGAGAAGGACAAAUCGGACGAGGAGGUGUUACAGGACGGUGUGAGAAUUUUCAUUGAGAAGAAGGCCCAGCUGACGUUGUUGGGCACAGAGAUGGAUUUUGUCGAGACGAAACUCUCCAGCGAGUUUGUGUUUAACAACCCCAACAUCAAGGGAACAUGUGGCUGUGGGGAGAGCUUUAAUAUUUAAACAACUGCCAAGUCAUGUAUACUUUCCAGUGUACAUCACACUCCCAUUCCCCAGUCAGAGACAAAGAACCACCAUGUGGAAAUUAAAGACUCCGACAUGAGAGAGAGAGAGAUGUAGAUGCAUCGGAGCUCAGCUCCCUGUGCUGCACCCAACUGAACGUCUUCAUCACCACUGUUUAAUGACUAGAAUUUUUGUGUUCUGUUUUAUUUAGUAUCUAAUGUAAAAGAUAAAUGAUGUACAAUAUGGGUCAGUAUUUAUUUGACAGAAAAUUUGGAAUGCAUUCAUCAUUCUCUUUUAGACAUUUUUCUUCAUGCUGAGUCGUCUGUUUAUAUGCCAGUAUGCUCAUAUGUCCUCGUUAUAUAACAGAGCUGUGUGUGUGUGUGUGUGUGUGUGUGUGUGUGCACGCGUGAGAAAGAGAAGGAAGGCUUCCACUCAACAUAUGCCAUGCAUUUGUUUGUUUUAUAAUCCACUCAGCGUAUUUCACUGAACACUGAUGCUAUAAGAUAGAACUUAUUAAAUAUCAAGCUCUUUAAAAUUGCUUAGAGAUGCAGCACAGCAUGUGAAACAACCCUGCAUCCCUGAGGAUGGUGUAUAUUUAUAAGAACCAGACGUGUGAGAUAUCAGUAACUAGGAAGUGUAAGACUCGGACUCAGGUGUUGAGUAUGGAUGACUGUAUUUAAAUAAAAAAGUGUCCUUGAUGCUGAUCAGUCUGUAAAAUCUGUGAGAGAGAAAUAGAAAAAAGGAAAAAACCUGUCUUUUAACGCACAAUAAAGCUGAUAUACAUAA